AGACACUUUCACCUAAAUUCGUCAUAAUUGCUUUAGAUUGGUAAAUCGAAAGUUGUAUUGUGAUUUUUCAAGUAACUCCAAUUCGAGUAGGUUUUCCCACAAAAAUAAAAACCCUAAUUUCGAGGGCUCCGGGUUUGAUUCUUCAUAUGCUUGUAAGAUAGAGAUGGCUACAUCAAGGUUCCAAGCGUUCUUGAACAGUCCAAUUGGCCCUAAAACAACCCAUUUCUGGGGGCCUAUUGCUAACUGGGGUUUUGUUGCUGCUGGUUUGGUGGAUAUGCAGAAGCCUCCUGAAAUGAUUUCUGGAAACAUGUCUUCAGCGAUGUGCGUUUACUCUGCAUUGUUCAUGAGAUUUGCCUGGAUGGUGCAACCCCGCAACUACUUGCUACUUGCGUGCCAUGCAUCAAACGAGACUGUACAGCUCUACCAGCUCUCACGUUGGGCUAGAGCCCAGGGGUAUUUAUCCUCCAAGAAAGAAGAGGAGAAACCGUCUCAGUAAACCAAUAUGAGGAAAGGUUUCUUCAAACAAAAAUGAGGAAAGGUUUAUUCAGCAUUUGUUCUUGGGAAUUACUGAGAAUCUGUCGUUAUUUUAUAUUUUCCUUUGAAACUUGUUUGUGUUGUGUCCCCAAGCUUUGGUUGCUUCACUUGUUGGAUCGCUCACUGACAUUAUUAUCUCUUUUGUUUGAUAAGUAACCCGCUUGUAAUAAAAUUUGGGACCAGUCCACAUUCAUGUUCACACAAAAUUCGAAACUUGAAAA